CUGGCCCUCUUGCAGGCCCUUGUGGACAAAUGGACAAGACAAAACCCAUGAAAUAUAUCUCAGUCAAGGAAAUGAACACCAGCUACAACUCAGAAGCUUCCAUUAACAUAGCCCUUGGCUCCUUUGUCUUAGUAUCUUUUCUGUUGGGGAUGGGUAUGAAUGGGACCAUUUUCUGGUUGCUGUGGAGGAAGAUGACGAGAACUCUGAACACACUCUGGUUCCUCCAUCUGACUCUCUCCUAUUUGAUUGCCUGUUGCACUCUGCCAUUCUUUGGCAUCUACAAUGUCCUCAAUCUCCAUUGGGUCUUUAAGGAUGUCGUGUGCAAGCUUGUUUUCUUCUUUCUUACUCUGGGGAUGGUCUCUACAGUCUUCCUACUCACCACCAUCAGCCUGGACCGCUACCUUCUCAUCUGCCAUCCUGUCUGGUCCCAACACAAUCGUACAAUACCUCGGGCAUGGAAACUGAUCACAGGGCUCUGGCUUCUUUCUGUGUGUAUAAGUGCCCCUUACUUGGCUUUCUCUGAGACUCAAGAGGCAGACAAAGAUCGGAGCACAUGCAAAAUUAAUUAUACAGUCUAUGAAAAGUGGGAUGGAAAGAAAAUGGAACUGGUUUUCAUUGUGAUUCGGUUCUCACUGAACUUCUGGCUUCCUUUCUUUAUCAUCAUGUUCUGCUAUUGUUCAGUGGGUUGGGAAAUGAAGAAGAAAAGGUUGGCGAGGACAGGGAAGCCCUUCAAGGUGCUCGGGGUUGCUGUGGCAUCUUUCUUCAUCUUCAGGCUUCCCUUCUACCUCUAUAUGUGUUUCCGUCUGACACCACUAGAAGAGACUCAAGAACAUCUGCGGAUAACUUUUCACAUUGGGAUCUGCCUGAAUAUCUGUUUCACUCCUGUUCUCUAUCUCUUUGUUGGAGAGAAAUUCCAACAAGUCUUCAAGAUGUCUGUUGUAGUUCUGCUUAAGAAAGCUUUCACAGAAGACCCCAGAAUGCUAGUGGACGUGGCAAAUCUUAGAACAGAAGAAAUGCAGAUUAGGGUUGUGCAUUCGGGGUAAAGCUUGACCUGUUUCAUGCCAUGACUUUUCAGUGGGGACCCCAAUCUGUUUUUUGGGAGCCUUCCGAAACCGGGAGGGCAGAUAUCUAUUUUUA